AUGAGUCUGAACAGCCGUGCAGGAUACUCACAAUCAGUGUAUAUACCGCACGAUGAAGAUAGUUUUGAUGCCAAUACGAGCUUGCUGGGUAAUGAUUUGCUACCCAUGAGUACUAGUCAUGCCCAAUCACGGCAUAGAGUCGAUUAUUCAGUCAAGGGUCAAGCAUUUGAAGAUACACAGUUUGAUGGUACGGAGACAAACGAAGAAUCCCUACAGCAUAAUGAGGUAAAUAUACUACGAGAUUAUCUGUCUGGUUCGCAACUUCGUCGUAACAACUAUUCACAAGACACGCAGGUUAUAAAUUUUGAUGACGACGUAAUCUCGAUGGAUAUUGAAGGCAACUCUACUCAAAAAAGCAAGGUGGACUAUCCAAAUACAGAUGCUCCAGGGCAGUUACAAACUCAACGGAAUGAUAAUGGUACCAUACCGACACAACUAAGUUUUAGUGCGUUGGCGGAUACUCAAAUUAUACGUGGAGAACAAACUGCUUCACUCGAACGACCAAUGAGCCAAGAGUCGAAUGAUUUGAAAGACACACAAGUCAUCCAAGAUGAUUUUAGAAGUAUGUUUGAAAACUUACGUGACACCCAACCAAUCAAGAACGAUUCUAGAAGCAGAUACAAUGAUCUUGCAGAGACUCAAAUUAUCAUUCGACGUCGUCAUCAAAAUCUACCCGACACACAAGUUAUAGACAAUGACACGCAUCUACCAAACGUCGAAAGUUUUGAAUCACUUGAUAUACUACGUGAGAUGUCAGAUAAACACAAAGAUGGUGUAACUAGAAACCAAGAGGCUGAUAAACACAGGAAAUCCCUAUAUUCAAUUCUUCCAGAUACUCAAGUUAUUACUAAACCCCGAAAUGGCCCUCUUGAUGAGGCCAAUGUUACUACAGAAAAUACAAGAAGUCCAUUUAUCGAUGACAAUUCGCAGAGCUACCAAGUUGAACUAAACAAUAUGCAACAGGUAUCUCAUAGACAAGUGAUUAAUACACAAGAUGAGUUGGAUACAUCGCUAUUCCUACUGAAACCAAAUACACUUGAAGUUCAGACAGAUGAAGAGAAAGAUGUCUCAGAUGUGAAAGAAGAAAGCAACGAUGUGGUAGUUUUGGACGAUACAAAGGUUGACAUUGACCAAGAAUCUAUCCGUCAGAAGCGUAGAAUUUCGCAUAGUCCAGUCAAGAUCAAACGAAGCAAGACGGCUAAUAUCGAAAAAUAUGGCGAUGGAUAUAGAACGCAGAACUUGGUUACUACCCCUGGCGAUCGCACUCGCUUGCGAAAUCAUUCGGAACCGUUGGUGUUUGCUUCACCUUUUGACAAGACUUUUUCAACUUCGUCGUCAUCGCCGAGCAAGAGGGUUGCUGAUCAGCUGGUACGCACCGACGAAGACCAAACACAGGCUGAUGCGACUGCUGAAGAAAGCGGUGAGAUAAAGGGAGAAGUAGAAGUGGAGGAGGAGGAGUCAAAAAGUGAUGUACGAAGUAUUUUGGAUAACGUAUCUUCACGACAUAUUUCCCCGCCCAGCUCUCCUAAUGGACUCAACACAAUGAGCUUGAGCGAGAGUGAAGCGGACGAAGAUGAGGAUGAUGGAGAUGGAGAUGCCGAUUACACAAACACAGAAAAUGACAAUUAUGGUGAAGUUAGUGUUGCUGAAAAGACCACAUCUGAUGAGCGGAAAAUCGUACCUAAACGAAGAGUGAAUAACAUUGUUGAUUCGCAAACAUCUUCCUGCGAUAACAUUUUGCCUCAAGACGACGAGUACACCAUUGCUGGAGUAUUACGAAAAGAAAAAUCAAGUGUUUUAUAUGAAGACGAGAUUGUAGCUACGAAUAGUGUCUGGGCCACAUACAAUUUGAAAAUGUACAGCGGAUACGUAUCGGCAAAGUACGGCGACUUCCUGAUUGUUGAAUUUGACCAAGAUUCAUCACGCAUCAAGAAUGAGGAUUUGAACCCGUUGGAUAUCAGAAUUGGCGACACGUUGAAUGUGAGGAGCAAAAGGUUCAAGUGUGUUGUUACCGGCUUAUCUUCAGCAGAACUGUUGAGCGGAAUCAGAUGUAUCCGCGGCUACAACCUUGUGCAUGUCAAGAGAAAUUCGAAACAGCGCAAGGGUGCCGAUGGUGCCGAAUUUAUGGUUGCCGUAUCUCAAUGUUCGAUGGAAUUGGGCGAUUGGAUCAUACACCAACAAAAAUUUCGAAUUGAACGAAGAAAUAAUGGCGAUGGUGAAGGUGCUGCUGCUGCCAAUGAAAUCUUGUCAACACCAGUCACCAUGUCUAUGCACCCAACAACCAGUGGAGUCGUAAACCUGACAUACCCUUCAACGCCAUCAAAACUAUCUCGUCAUUCAACAAUGUCACACCCACUCAGUCCAUCACCUAAAAAGGGUGUCGUUCAAAACUCAAAGCUUUUUGCUAAUAGAUUAUUUUGCAUAACCAAUAUCGAUGGGCCAAGAAAACACACACUUAAAACCAUGAUUGAAUCAAAUGGUGGUACUUAUCUCGACUCCAAUUUAAUGGAAAUAUUCCAGUACAUGAGGAGUACGCAAAGCGGUGGAAGACUUUACCUCAAAUCUUCCUAUUCAAUCACUAGUGAAUUGCAGUUUGCCGGUUUGAUAUCAAACAGCUAUUGUCGUAGUUCAAAGUAUUUGCAAGCCCUAGCGCUCGGCUGGCCCCUUUUAUCCGAAUGCUAUAUUGAUGAUGUCAUCAAUGGUGUGGCUGAUUUAGAACAGUGGCCCGUAUACUGCCUACCGGCAGGGCAAUCAACUAUAUUAAACACCGUGAUGAAUUGUGAUGUAUUCAAGUUUCGAAAAAAUCACGAGUUGGGUAAAUGUUUGGAUUUCCAAAUGGACUUGAAUAAUGAUUUAUUGACAAGUUACAAUGUCAUAGUCAUGUCACUGGGGUCAGUGAAAGAAUUGGACAAGAGAAGUAUUAUUGAAAUGGAUACUUGCAAAUUUAUAUUUCAUGCUUUUGGAGCUAGAUCAUUAAACUUUGCCGAGUUAAACAUUGAAGGAGCUGAUCAUGAUGGUGUUGCUGAUGAUACAUAUGGUAACUUUUUAAACAUGGUCAAGAAGCUACACGGUGAAUCCAAUGGCGACAUCUUGAUUUGCGAUUAUGGCAGCAACAAAAUCGCCGAGCAAUUGCUUUCUUUGGGAAAUGGAGCAACCAGUUUCCGCGAAAAUUCGAAACGAAGCUACUCAAGGGGGCGUAAACCAAAACGACAACAUGAAAAUGACAGCAUCGGUUUGAAAGUUGUUGAUUGGGAAUGGGUGGUGCAAUGCGUGAUAUCGCGACAUAUUUGGCAACCUGCAGUGACUAUCAAGAUCAACGUGUGA